GGAACAACUAGCUCGCUUGAAAUAUGGCCGGAAUAUAUUUCAUGGCGUUUUUUGGAUUAAUUCACAUUGCACGUGGCACCGACCCAUGCACGAGUGCUCAGCUGAUUGACGAACCAUUGCGCAGUACGGGGUACACCGCGCAGAACCCGAGCAUCGAUCAGCUCUUUUGUGACAGGCAACUGGCCCCUGGAUGGUACAAGUUCAAUGGAGGAUUAAAGCUGGCGACCACGUGUCAGACGGAGUAUCACUGUAACACCCAUCUCCCAAUGUGGAUGAACGGCACGCAUCCUGCAGCUCUGGGGACCAUUGUCACCAACACGAUUUGCGCCAUCGAAAUGGACCAGGGUUGCUGCUCCUACCAAAGCACAGUCAAUGUAACGAAUUGCGGUACAUUUUUCGCAUAUGAAUUGGAACCCGCGCCCGGUUGCCACAUGUCCUACUGUGCGGGAAGUGGAACCCCAUGUCUUCCACACCAAACGUCAGCUACUGGCUUGGCUCCAGGAUGUUACGACAAGUUUCCACAGAUGUUGUCUUCACCACACUUAUCCAACCCAAUUUUGACGCCCGGGUCGUUUAAAUUCCAGUGCGAUAUUAAUUUUGACCACGCUCGACGUGACGUCGGUUUUGACGUACAGUUCCUUUUUGACGACAAGCCCGACCGUAACGUCCCGCCCGUGCAUAUUACUGACGGGGUCACUAGGCACGCUGACCUGAAUCAAAAUCUUCUGAAGGGUCAUAUGGGGCAAAACGUGAGCUGCGCUGUGCGGACAUUCUUUCUAACUCCCCCGAAGCCUGGCACCCAUUUCAACAGCACCUACAUUCCGAGUAACAUCUACUGGAUCGGCAUUAAGACAUACACAAACCGCCUUGUAGUCGGAGAAAAUGAGAAUCCGAAGACUGUUUCCAUCUACUCUACAGUCCCCAUCCGCUGUCCGCCCCAACACGCCAAAACAUGCAACCUUGAGAUUGAACUUGACCCCAUAAACAAUAACGGACAGCUGACCCUUGUGAAAGAUUGUAACGUGCACUUCACCCCGGCAAUGUGGAACCCGAAGACAAACAGGGCAACCACCACUUUCCAUGUGUCUGCCACCAGGGACGGUAAGGCGGACAAGGAUAUUUUCCUGCAUUUUAAUCCCAUUUAUACCGCUGAUGCCUCGCCCAUCUUCAACAAAUACCAAGUUCCGCUCAUGCAGAUUUUAACAAAAGAUAAAAACACGUCUACCUGUUCGUGUACGGACGACCCUCAUUGUAGAACCUUGGAUACAACCUUCACGAAGAAGGGCUCCUAUCUUGACUAUUACUUGAUCGGAGAGUUUACCAUGUAUAACAGCACCACCAGAGACUUCCAGGUACAAGUAAGGACGUGGAAAUGUAAUCACAGAGUGUCAUGUAACUGCGGAGUCGCAAUGAAAGAGGGAAAUAACGUCGUAAUUCUCGACAUGUGCCACACACAGUACGGGACUUCUUUUCCGCGUAUAGUUUUUCCCAACAAUAGCUCUCAUAGAAUGGUGGUCAACAGGGACAAAGCAGGGAACAGUUGGACUGUGAGUUUUCCGUCAGGCGCCCAGGUCAAAGUAACAAACUCCCGUGGCGUAGCAUUGAACGUGCACAUUACUGCCCCUGAAGUCGACUUCUCCGGAACGGAGGGUCUGUGUGGCUUUUUUGACGGAAACAGGGACAACGACCUAACGUAUCCGACAGGAAAGAUUGCCACCUUCCCGACCAAUCGUUCACAGAAUAAUAACUUCGUCGAAAGCUGGAGGAUUCCAGUUGGCGACUCGUUUUUCGACAAGACCCCAGCCAUUGACCCAAAACUGAACAGAGACAUGUAUUACUGCAAGUGUGAUCAGAAGGUGAAGGGUCAAGUCACGUGCAGUAUCGAUGGCAACACGGCACGUCCUGCCGUCUAUGGUGAACUGAACCCCGCAAAUGGUCGCCGUCGGCGUGCCGCCAGUACCACACUCCCAGAUGAUUACCCCGCCGACUACUACUUCGACUACGGUCUCUCGUUUCAGCCCCAACUGUUAGCGAACUUUCCGAGUGUUAACGGAAAAUCCCGAGCGGAAGCGGAAAACGCCUGUAACUCUGCGAUCGAUAAUAACCCGACUUUACAACAGUGCAUUGCCAAGGCGGGGCUAGAUUUCUCCAACGAAAAGGAUAUUUGUAUAGAAGACUUUAAGUAUUUUGACAACGGAGAGCUAGUCCGAAGCGCCCUGCAUACAGCCAUAUACAAAUGCAUCGACCACGUGCUACGUAACGUCUCGCUCCACGACACCAGCGGUAAUCCACCUGCAUACGUCACCAGCGAGCUCUGUCCGGAUUACGAUUGUAAUGAUAAUGGCGCAUGUGCGAACGGAACUUGUAUCUGUAACCAUGGUUUCGUAGGUGAUUCGUGUGAGAUAAACUCACAGAAGGCACCAAUGCUUUAUGGAGUUAUAAGCACGUCAUAUAUCGGGAAGUCGGUACUAUGUGACGUCACAGACCGCGAAUGCGUGACGUCAUAUGUGCACGGGGACAAUAUUUACGACAACUCUCGUCUCUCAUGUAAAGUCCGCGUCAUGCAGUUUGACGGUCAUGGAUUCGUUUACAAGGGCCACACAUUCACUACCGGCGUGGUUUACAGGAGCAUGUAUGACGUCGGAUGUCGCCUACCAACUAAGGCUUUCAUUGGGGGUCAGACUGUUGUUGGCUUCAACAUUUCCGUGACAAACGACGGCCACACAUACAGUAAUGAGAUAACUGCCGUACGGACAGACAGCCACUGUGCCAACUGUCUAAAAUCAGGGACGUCGUGUACUGUGAAGCCUGGCACCUGUCUGAUUGAGGGUAACUGUAGGACGGCGGGGGAGGUAAAUGCUAAAAACAAGAACCAGCAAUGUGACCCUACACACAGUCAGACAGCAUGGGCCAAUACCCAGCCCGUAACCCCCGCGGAGAGCCACACCGUCACCACCCCACCCACCGCUCCACAAGGUGGAACCUAUUUGAAAAGAUUUGAUAUCUGGACGUUCUCACAGAGCGGAUGUCAGUGUGCUCAUAAUCACGCGCUGUACACGUGCGCGUGCUGUGACGUAGGCGGAUGUCAGUGUCAAGCGCCACAUUCCAACCAGUGUGUGAAGUGUGAGGAUACACAUAUAUGCGGACAUCCUCUGGCUGCCCCCAGCAACGGUGUGGACGGCUAUACGAUCGCCAUAAGCGGCUGCAAAUGCAGAUUUGACCCUAGCCAGUCAAACUGUGCAUGCUGCAGGAUAGGCAUUGGUGCGUGUCCUUGUGGACGGACCCAGCGGAACCAAUGUGCCGCCUGUGACUUUAUGUACCAGUGCGGCAACAAGCCAUGGAUAUUCGGACCGCCGAUGGCCUAGGGCCAACUUGGAUAUUUGAAACCCCGUCUCAUUUGAGGCAAGGCCACACUUCACGAGGUGUUCUCAAUGGAACUGUUUAUCAAUUAACUAUUUUUCUUUCGAUUUUUUAUCUUAUAUAUCUUUUUUUCGCAAGCCCUUGACAUAAAAGCAUUUCAUUGAUUGACUUUGCGGUACACCGCCAAAAAUAUACUUUCUUUAUUAAAUUAUCU